GCGAGAUACACCCACUUUCUCACAAUGGCAGAACAUCAACAAACCUUUGUACAACAGCUAAAAGAGUUUGAGCUACCUAAUGUGGAGUUCACUGGAGAGAAGCUCCGCGGAGGCAGUGGUUCUUAUGGCUAUGUCGAGGUGGUCCUGAUAGCAGGAACACGUUGUGCAGCAAAGUUCUCUCAUCAAGUCUUUGAAGAGUAUCAAUGGAAGAAAUCUCCAGCAGACUAUUUCAGAAAAGAAUGCACUCUCAUGAGCCGGCUCAGGCAUCCACAUAUUGUCCAGUUCCUGGGUGUCUGCUGCCGCCACCAAGAAGCCCUGUUACCUGCACUAGUCAUGGAGCUACUCAUGACCUGCCUGCACAACUACCUAGAGGCAGCAAAGACAGCAUCUCUCCCUAUGGCCAUCAAGCAUAACAUACUCCUGGGUGUCUCCAAAGGCCUGGUGUACCUGCACAGCAUGGAUAUUGUCCAUCGCGAUCUCACUGCUAGGAACAUUCUUUUAUCAGAUUCCCUCACCCCCAAGAUCGCAGACUUGGGUAUGGCGCACCUGCAAGCUGGUAGAGAAGCUACUACUAUGACUAAUACCCCAGGUAAUGCCAAUUACAUGCCACCAGAGGCUAAGGACAAUGACAUCACUCGCUACGGGAAACCAAUCGAUUGCUUUUCAAUAGGUCAUCUCAUUCUCUUCACUAUCACUCAAGUAGUUCCUAUUGUGUUGGGUUCAACUUACUUCAACGAAACAACUGGUCUUCUGAUGGCCCGCACUGAGAUGGAACGACGUGAACAAGGCUUCAAAAUAUCCAGGGAAAUAGUUGGCCUUGACCACCCUCUGGUCCUGCUAGCCUGUGACUGUCUGGCAGUUAGGCCAAGUCUGCGACCAACAGCACCUCAAAUUAUGCAGAAACUUCAGACAAUGUCAAUCAUCCCGUAUCGAAGUUGGGAACUGACAAAACACGAAAUGAUGCAGGUUGUGAUCAAGCAUGAAGAUACCAUUCACAAGUUGCAGGAAAGCUUGGCUUCGAAGCAGACAGUGACUGAGCAAAACACAGCGGCACAAGAAGAGCCUAUAUUGAGUGAACUCUACCAACAAGCACAGGCUGAUGACCAACCGUUGGAAAGUUCGUACGUCAAUGUCCCACAAUCACCAACCACACUGCAGUGGAGCUCUGAUGAGUCAGAACAUGAUUAUGUGAACGAUAUGCAUGUGAAAAAGCCAUCACCUGGUUGCAAGCAAAACACUCCCAUACAGCAUGCCAAAAGCUUUCCUCAAUUACUGCUGCAGGAUGAUGAUCGAACAUUGAAACGUCCGUACGUCAAUGUCCCACAAUCACCAACCACACUGCAGUGUAGCUCUGAUGAGUCAGAACAUGAUUAUGUGAACGAUAUGCAGCCAUCACCUGGUUGCAAGCAAAACACUCCCAAACAGCAUGCCAAAAGCUUUCCUCGAUUACUGCUGCAGGAUAAUGACCGAACAUUGGAGGAUCCAUACGUUAAUGUCCCACAAUCACCAACCACACUGCAGUGGAGCUCUGAUGAUGAUUCAGAAGAUGAUUAUGUCAACCAGCCGAUGUACACGAAUAGGAAUAUUGAGUCACCAGUGGUGUACGACGACGUACCCCCCAAAUUUCAAUUAACGUUUAAGUCCCGGCCUAAGACUAGUAAGCCGUCAACCUUGCCUCCAGUAGCCAUCGCUCCUAACAACAGCACAAUAAAGAGCCCACUAGUCAGUAGACUAUACCGCAAAGAAGUACCACCAUCUCCCAACAAUCAGUCAAUGGCAAGAAGAAAAAUCGAAUCGUUGCAAUUGAAAAAGCAGUCAUCACUGUCCUCUCUAGUGACCUUCCCCAACUCUCCCGUUCUCUCUCCUCACAAGACAACCUUCCAAUCUGGGUACCGGUCAAGAGUAAGUGCUAUGACUGGACUAGAGAGCCCUAAACUCUCACGCACUAAAUCCUUGCAAAGCACAAAGGCACCCACAAACAGAGAGCCUGGAUCACUGACUGAAGUAGUGGCUAAAAUGACACCAGUGACCAACAAAGAAAGUCGCUCUUUUAAGGGUGAACGGUUCCGCAAGAGAUCCAUCAGUGCAGAGGCAGUGCUUGGAUCCUGGACUUGUAGGCACUGCGGUAAACUGAGGUCUGUGGGGACUGUGUGUGAUGUAUGCACGUAGUACUGCAAACACAUUUAGUUAUACUAGUGAACUGUUUGUUUUUACUCGUGUUUUUAAUAAAACCACAAAACUUAUCAGUAACA